AUGUGCAGCCACUCUCGCAUUGGUCUCCCCUCCCCUCCCCUCCUUCACUCGUUGCGUACUGUUGUUUGUUGUUGUUAUCCUUGCGUUUCAUGGCACAUUGCAUUACGCAUGCAAGCAUGGCAAACAUUUCUGUGCCUCUUGCCCUCGCACCCCAUGACGUGUUCUUCUCCAUCGUGGCUGUUACUGUCGUUGUUCUUGCUGUUCCUCCUUCUCGCUGCUGCCCACUGCUCGAGCGUGCAACGUGUUCCGCCCACACCAACAGCAACUACAACACCAACUACAACUCGUCAUCAUCGUCAGCAUCCUCAUCGAAGCCAUUGCCCAAACAAAGACGACGACACCACCACUACCUCACCACUCCUCUCACCACAACAACUCACCCCAUCAAGCAUGGUCGACGGUGCUGUGAUUUGGCUGCAUGGUCUCGGCGACCAAGGCAGCUCGUGGUCAGACUUGGAGGAGAGGUUCAAGCGGACAUACAAGGGCAAUGUCAAGUUCAUGUUCCCCAACGCACCCAACGCGCCCGUCACCUGCAACCACGGCAUGGUUAUGCCUUCCUGGUUCGAUCUCGUGGAGAUCCCCUUGACGCCCCACUCGCGCGACUCCCCGGAGACGAUCGCUGCGUCCGUUGAUCGCGUCAACCGCUGGAUUGCGCAGCUUGAAGCCGAAGGCAUCCCAUCAGAACGCAUCAUCAUUGGAGGCUUCUCUCAGGGAGGUGCGCUUACCAUUCAGACCGUGCUUCGGAGCGACAAGAAGCUGGCAGGCGGUGUGGUCAUCAGUGGAUGGGUGCUCAUGGCAAAGGAGAUUGACGCGUGGAUGCAGCCCGUGAACAAGGACACGCCCUUCUUCUGGGGCCACGGCGCCAUCGACCCGCUUGUCGUGCCGCAGAUGCAGGAGACGGGUGUGGCGCUCCUGGCAGAGAAGGGCGUCAGCGUGGACUCGAAGGUGUACCCCGGUGUUCCACACGGCAUCUGCGAUGCAGAACAGAGGCACAUCCUCAAGUUCAUUGCCAACACGCUUGGCGUGGAGGAGAAGUAG